CGAUGCGUGGUGGUCGUACACAUUCUCCGACAAUGGAAAGAGACCUGUUUUCCGCUAAACCUUGUUCGAAAAGCCGGUGCAAGGCAACGAUGAUGUCGACGACCGUCACGACGAUGUUGUUGACGUCAUCUGUAUCAUCAUCAGCAUCGCCGACGAGCUCCUCCAUCUCCAAGUCGGGACCGGGCACACAGGCGACGUCGAGGAGAAGGAGGCUUCAGCCAUUGACAGGCGGACACAGAUCGGCUGCCAUCGAUCAUCACCGUCCAGCUCAGCAAAGCAAUCAGCAAUCAGGACCUGCUCAGAACAUCUCGGAGUCCCUUUUUGAUUUCUUCUACAGUGAUGCCCCAUCAAAAGAAGACAGAUCAGCGGCCAUCAGCAACCAUCACCGUCGAUCGUUCUCUGCGGCUUUGAUUACACUCUGCCUGCCAAUCUUCGUACUAGUGAUGAUGAUGAUGAUGACGUGGCAGCCGGUCGUCGCAGGAAGAGCAACGCCACGUGGGGGCAAUUGCCCACCCCCUCCUCCUCCCCUCCCUCUUCUCUUCCCCUCGAAGAGCUCCUCCUCCUCCUCCUCCUCCUCCUCCUCCUCCUCAUCUCCUCAGCCGAAGGAAAACGCGAUCGCGAUGAAGGAGGCGAAGACGACCGGGAUCGCAAUCCCCGUCUACGAUCACGUCGACUGUAAUCACGACAGACACGUGGCAGCUGUUCGACGUGCCAAAGAACGAGAUACACCUUCACUGUCGGACUCAGAACUACGUUCUUCCCGCUCUAGGACUGAUGAUUUGAAAAAAAACCUUCACCGUCACUCUCGAAUGGAUAAGGAUAAUUUGCAGCAGAUGGAUGCAAUGCAUGAUGCCACGUCAGCCGGCCAUCCGAUGUCGAUAAUCCCAGGACGAAACGUCGUGUCUUCUUCCCAAAACGCCGAUUUCAAUGGUGAUCAUUCUUGGAAUGUUCCCAAGGAGCUGCUGUCUGAUGACCAAUCUGUUACUUUCUUCCCGUCGUCGUCGUCGUCUUCCUUCUCCUCCUCUUCUUCCUCCUCCUCCUACUCCUCCCCCUCCUCGAUGCCUGCCACGUCAGCCGAUCAUACGAUGUGGAUGAGGCCAGGGCGAAACGUCGUGUCUUCUUCCCAAAAUUCCAAUUUGAAUCAUGACCAUUCUUGGGACAUUCGCAAGGAGCUGCUGUCGGAUGACCAGUCUGUUACUUUCUCCCCCUCCUCCUCCUCCUCCUCCUCCCCCUCCUCCUCCUCUGCCUCGAUGCCUGCCACGUCGGACAGCCAUCCCAGGUGGAUAAGAUCAAGAGCACACGUGUCUUCUGUCCUGAAUUCCGAUCGCAAUGAAGAUUCUUCGAGUACUCGCAGAGAGCUGCAGUCUGAUGACCAAUCUGCUUCUCUCUCCUCCCCCUCCUCCUCCUCCUCCUCCUCCUCCUCCUCCUCCUCCUCCUCGUCCGCCUCGAUGCCUCUGGGAGAAUCCGAACCGUCCCCGCUCCUUCCAUCUGCUACUACUAAUGCAUCUGCCCCUGCCACCGCUGCUGCUGCUGCUUCCCCUGCAGCGCCAGACAUCUCUCUGCCGAGGAGCAUUCCAGGUCCGGAUGCCGUGUUUGUGUGCACCUUCGACUCCACCUUCUGCAACGCUGGCCAUGUCUUCUUCUUCUACCAAGAUUUGUACUCUGUGUAUUUCAUGCAUCCUCUCUCCAGCCGCACGGUCACCAGCUGGCGCCCUUUCCGAGAGCUUCUGGUCGGUAUCCCGUUCGAUCACAUCGAUGCCACGUUGGCAUGUUCGGAGGACCUCUGCGGCUCCGACGACGACGGUUCACCUUCUCCUCCUCCUCUUUCUGAUUCUCCAUGCGGUUGCACCGAAGCUUCGCAGGUCUUCUUCUUCUCCGGCGACGAGUACGUUCUCUACGAUCUCUCGCGGGUGCCUGCUUCUCGAAAUCCGUUGAUGUCAACGCAAGGGAUGCCUCUUGGUAAUGAUGAUGAUGGUGCUGCUCCUGCUCCUGGUCCUAGUAGUGCUGCUGAUGGCGAUGGUCCGGAUGAAGACGACCCCUCCUCCUCCUCCUCCUCCUCUCCUCUUCUCGUUGGCCCGAGGAAGAUCAAACACGGUUUCAAAAUGGAGUUCGACAGAGAUAUCGGGGCUGCCAUGCUUUGCCCGAACCUGGACGCCUUCUCGCUGGACAAUCCGGACGUUCCUGGUUCCACUUCUGGACCAGAAUUAGGACCAGGUUCACAAUCAGAACCUGGCCCUGCUCCUCUGACUGACAACAAUGCCACCACUCAACCCACCCACUGCGCCUUCUGCUAUCAAGGGGAGGUGGUUUUUUUCAAAGAGGACAGCUUCCUCAGGGUCAAUUUCGCAACUCGGCGCCAGACGGGUGUUCAACGACAUACCGGGAAAAUCUUAACCAUGCGUUCGGGCCAAUCAAGCGAAGGCCAAGGCAAUCCAUUGGCACUACGGAACUCAGACCCAGAGACGCCAUCGCUGAGUACAGUCAAUGCAGUGCUGCAGUGCACGGAGAAGAUGGGCACCAGGUGCUCCGAGAGCAGAAGGGUGUUGUUUCUAGAUGGUGGGGCCUCAUUCACGCUUGUGGACUUUGCCACAUGUCAUGCCGUCGGCUCCGGCGACGAAUUCCCGAAGCCAAACGAGGAGCAGUGGGAUGGGUUGUUCGGCUGUUUGCCUAGAGACCCGGGAUCGAGUCCGUCUAUCUCUCGACUGACCGUUCAACUAACUAACGGUAAAGGUGACGGUAACGGUAAGACUACCGGUGACCAGCCGUCGCCGUCUGCUGCUAAGCGGAGAGGUCCUUAUGAGCAGUGCACGCCUAACGGAACUAACGGCAGGCCCCCAGCUCCUGAGGGCAAAACGGAGCAGGGGAGACCGUUCUCUAGCAGCAUUUGGAUAGGGGCAGCGGGUGGGGCGCUGACCUUGGCCCUCCUACUGAGCUGUGUGGGCCUGGCAGGGUGCCUGAUCAUGAGAAGAAACCGGUAUCUGAGAGGACUGGGCUCGGGAUCGGACAGAGAGAGUCUGAAGAGUCAAAGGGAGAUGGGGGCGAGGCUGGCCGUGGAGUUGUUCGGAGUGGAUGUGAUCCGAAAGGAGGAAAGGGAGGGGUCGGCCGAGAUCCCAGCAGGGCCUGCAAUGUCCCCACGGUCGGCCCCGUCGCCGGGAUCCCGGUCGACGCGGUCGGGCGGGUCGUCAGGUCGGUCGUCGACAGCACGGUCGUUCCGCAGACGACAACAGUCCACCAGUUUCGCGAGAGUCAAGGAGCACCUCAGAGCCUCCCGCACCGGGAAGAGCAGGGACCAUGUCUCUGCCAUGCUGCAGGAAUCGCUGGAGUUCAGCUUCGAGGAGAUGGAGGUGGCCACGGACAACUUCAACCCCAGAAACAUCAUCGGAAAAGGCGGAUUUGGAGCGGUAUACAAGGGAAGGAUGCCAAAUGGAAAGAAUGUGGCAGUCAAAGUGAUGCAGAUGACGCCGACAUGCAAUGUGCUGAAGGUGUUUAUCUCUGAGGUGGAGACGCUGUGCCGAGCUGAGCAUCGCAACCUUGUGGAACUGCUGGGGUGUGCAGCUGGAGAUAACAACCACCUGGUACUGGUGUAUGAGUACAUGCCACGUGGCAGCUUAAGAGACUACUUGCAUCAUCACAGUGGAAUUCGACCACCACCUCCCGUGGGACUUGUCCAAGAACAGCAUCUUGUGAAUCCUCCUGGUUAUAAAGGGGAAACCGUCGUCAAGGGUAGCAAAUGUUCGGUUUCGUCUUCUCAGACACUGUCCCAUUCAGACGAGCUCGAGCUCCCUCUUGUUGGAGAUGAAUGUCCUCCUAGUGAGAAUAUACUCCCUACUCUAGGAUGGAACAAGCGCAUGUCUGUUGCACUUGAUGUAGCACAAGGGAUCAAGUAUCUUCAUGUUGACUGUGUUCCUGCAAUCAUUCACCGCGACAUAAAGUCGAGCAAUAUACUUCUAGAUCAAGACUUUACUGCUAAGGUUGGCGAUUUCGGGCUGUCGAAACUGCUAGGAAAGGACAACUGGGACUCAGAGCACCAACAUGCAAGCACCACGAGUGCCGUUCGAGGAUCGCUGGGGUACGUUGACCCUUCUUAUGUCACAACCGGGAGAGUCACCCUGAAGAGCGACGUCUAUAGCUUUGGUGUCUUGCUCAUCGAGCUUCUUACAGGCCGCGAGCCUCUCGAUCCCACCCUACUGGCGAAUGAAGGCAAGGGGCUGAUUCGUUGGGCCCUGCCUCACCUGGAAAAUGGGUGCGCUGAACUUAUCUUGGACCCCUCUCUCAAAGGAAUGGCACCAAUUGGUGCUGUGAGGGAAGCUGGAAUCGUUGCUGCUGCAUGUGUUCAGCCACAAGAAUCCGAAAGGCCUUCAAUGGAGGAUGUUGUGGAACAGCUCAGACCCUUGGUUAAGUGGAAAGACACCUCUGGUUUAUACACGUCGAGUGUUAGCCCUCCUCCUGUUGAGGAGUCGUAUAUCUCGUCGGUUACCAUUGAGUCAUCCCACGGUUGGAGUUGCUCCGGAAGCGACUCUACAUUGAAGAAAGCUCCGCAACCGUCCAUUCAUUCUGCCGUGAGCGAGGAAUAUGACCACGAUGACGGAUGGAACUCGGAGAGCGAGACCCUCGUGGUCAAGACAAGCAAGGAGAAACUGGAGAGGUGAAUUGCAGACCAGCAAACACUGCUCAUUUAUGUCCAUUCUUAUGAUCCACUCUUCAUAUCAGGAAUC